ACUGCAAUGCCGGACUUUCUUUUCUUCUCUUUUUGGCUGACAGUUUGUGCCUGGUCUUGUUAGCACACCCGCUGAGCUGAUGAUACCUAGCUCUCGAGAUUCAAAUGGGGCAUCCACCUCUCGAGUGGCGUCUGGCUACGGCUCCACUCGCACAGGUUUCAGAAAUGACUCAGGCGAGCAAGAGUCACGAUGCAACUCGGAAACUGCCCGCUCAGCAGACACCAGAAACACAUCGAGGUCGAUAGAGAACAACACGGAAGGCCGGUAUCAUGGAGUGCACUUCCGCGCAAAGAUCAGCUUUUCGUAUUGGUCCUGGCACGAUUUUCCGAGCCCUUGACGCAAACAUCACUGGGUGCAUACCUCUACUACCAAUUGCAAUCCUUUGAUCCUUCUCUCUCGGAGUCAACGCUCUCGUACCAAGCAGGAAUCAUCGGCGCGACGUUUCCCGCCACUCAGUUCUUGACUGCAAUUUUAUGGGGUCGCUUUUCCGACUCCGAGUAUGGCGGUCGCAAGCGGACCAUUUACCUUGGUCUAGUAGGCACCAUGCUGAGUACCAUUGGCUUUGGAUUCUCGCAUAAUUUUGCCAUGGCGGUGUUCUUCCGGAGUCUGGGAGGGAUAGUUAAUGGGAAUAUUGGGGUCAUGAGGACCAUGAUUAGUGAGAUUAUCAAGGAGAAGAAGUUUCAGAGUAGGGCGUUUUUGCUCAUGCCUAUGACGUUUAAUGUUGGAGUGUUGAUCGGACCCGUGUUGGGUGGUAUACUUGCAGACCCCGUGGCCAACUAUCCAUCUCUGUUCGGACCAGAAUCUACGUUUGGUGGCAAGCAUGGCGUGCAAUGGAUGAUGCGGUAUCCGUAUGCACUGCCCAAUCUUGUUAGCGCCAUGUUUUUAUUUUUUUCAUCAUUAGCAGUUCUAUUCUUCCUUGAGGAAACCGGCGAGCUCUGCAAAGACCGACCUGAUUUUGGGCUUCGAAUGGGACGCUGGAUACGCCGGACAAUAUUCCGUCAGGACAUCGCUUCUGAGCGAGGCUACAGCAUUAUCCCCAGCCAUGACCUGGAACUACAGCAAACACCUACAUCGCCUACUGUUCAUCAAAUUGAUGAACCAAGCAAGCAGGUUCGCCAGCAACUUCCCUUCCGUCGCAUCUGGACCCCCAACCUCAUCAUGACAAUGCUCGCCCACGGCGCUCUCGCCAUGCAUGUAAGCACCUUCAACGGCCUCUGGACCCUGCACCUCUCCACCUCACGCUUCGACUCCGAGCAUCCUUACCCCCCAUCUUUCAAACCCCACGGCCUCUUCUUCACCGGCGGCCUUGGUAUGCCUCCCUCGCGCAUCGGCCUUGCCCUCGCCAUCAUCGGCAUCAUCGGUCUCCCCCUUCAAAUCUUCGUCUACCCGAAAAUCGCCCACAGGCUUGGCACUACAAACUCGUUCCGCAUCUUUACCGCUUUUUUCCCACUCAUGUACUUUGUCACCCCUUUUUUGAGUCUGGUGCCUAGCUGGACGCCGCCGCCACUUGGUGUCUCCGGACCGUGGAUUUGGAUCGCGAUUACAGCCGCGUUGUCGAUUCAGGUCUUAGCUCGCACGUUUGCGCUGCCAUGCACGGCGAUUUUGAUUAAUAAUGCGAGUCCGCAUCCAUCAGUGUUGGGGACGGUACAUGGGAUUGGGCAGUCAGUGUCGAGUCUUACGCGGACGUUUGGGCCGGUUUUCUUUAGUUGGUUGUUUGGAAAGGGAUUGGAGAGGGGGAUGGUUGGGUUGGCGUGGUGGUGUAUGGGGCUUGUGGCUGUGGGUGGAUGGGUGCUUGCGCAGGGGGUGAGGGAGGGGGAUGGGCAUGAGAUUUUGCUUGAAGGGGAGAGGAAGGAGGGGGAUCAGUGCGUGAAAGCGCAGAUCCGAUCCGUGCACAUCGCACUGGAUCGCUAG